AUGCUUCUGCUCCGUGAUUCCCCGAAGCUGCUGGACCUAUUCAAGUCCUUGGCCAGGAGCAUUCCCGAGUCCCUGAAGGUGUAUGGCUCUAUUUACCACAUCAACCAUGGAAAUGCCUUCAACAUGGAGGUGCUGGUGGACACCUGGCCCGAGUAUCAGACAGUCAUUAUCCGGCCUCAGAAACAGGAGAUGACUGACGACAAGAAUCAAUACAUAAACACAUAUUCUAUAUUCUCCAAAGAGCCUCAAAAACUACAGGAAAUUCUGGAAAACUAUGAGGUCAUCAACUGGAAACAAAUCCUCCAAAUCCAAGGUUGUCAAGAAAGCUUAGGUGAGGGGAUAAGAAGAGCUGCAUUUUUAAAGUCUGUGAAAGUGAAAUAUGAUGAUGCACUCCUCUUUAUAACAAAAGAUAUCCUGAAGUUCACUGUCUCCAAUAACACCAAGCUUGAAAGCUGGGGUGAGACAGGCCACCCAGAAGAAGAGUAUGGAAGCGGGGAUCCCAAUUUUAAGUUUUCCCCACUGGACAUCUCUCAUUCUGGCCUGGUGAAUGACUCCUGGAAACUGGGUCAGAAUGAGAAAAGCCUGCUCUACAUCCAGCGCUGCAUACAGACCCAGCCAGCGUACUGUCUGCUGGGCCCAGAAGGGCACCCUGUCACCUGGGCCAUCUUGCAACCCACUAGUGAAAUGGGGGUAGCCUACACCUUGGAUGGAUAUCGGAGAAGGGGCAUCUUGAAGCAGCUGGUGGCACACUACCUAAAAUUUCUGCGUCAGAAGAAUAUGCCAUUUUAUCUCUCUGUGGUGAAAGAGAAUGAAGCAGCCCUCAGAUUUGUGACACAGUUUGGUUUCUUUGAGGCCUCAUGUGGAUGGCACCGGUGGACCUGCUACCCACAGACAUCCAGUCUCACUGGUUGA